GGGAAAACCAGUCAUGCCCUUAAUCAGACAAAAUAUUGAUCACGUCAACAUAUUUUAAUCAUAGUAUUGAUUAUCUACCUAUAUUUUAUUAGGAAAAGGUAGAUCGGUGCACCUGACCAUAUAUCAUAUAAAUUGCUUAUAAUAUCUAGAAGUUACAUACAAUAAAGAUUGAUUGGUGUUCUAUUUUCUGCAAAUUAUCUUUUGGAAAAAGAAUGUCCAAACAAAAUGAAAAUCUGAGUAGUCUUAAAGGAACGUAUAAUAUUUAUGAAAUUAAACUGUCAUAAACCCCUAAAUAAACUAUAGACAUUUGCAUAAAAUAGUUUAAAAGAAAAAGUUGGAUACCGUUGUCAAUAUAAAUUCAACUAAAAUAGUAUAAUUAGUAAAUUCAAAAGUAAAAGAAAUUAAAUAAAAAGGUGAAAUAGAGAAGAGAAAAAAAAUACGAAAAAGAGGAAAGAAAAUAAUAGAAAACUCAUAAUAAAAUCAUACAACUCUCGUAAAAUCUAGAGUAAUUAAUGUACUUUUUCUACAGUAAAAUAAUAAAACUUUUGUAAAAUCUGUCUCAUAUAAUAAAAUAAAUAAUGAAAAUUGAUAUUCUAUUUGAUUGAUAAAUUUUUAGUUUAACUUACCGAAGAAACAUAAAAAGAAAAUGUCUUAAAUGUCACGAAAAUCUGACUCUAAUUAAUCGUGUUUCUCGUGUUGUAGGGCUAGUUAAAGGAUUAUUCCUUGUUAGUCCAACACUCCAACUGAUGACAAAAGAAAGUACACAAGUUAUUUUCUACAAUUCUGAUCUAUUCCGUAUACAAUCACUUUUGUAUAAAAUUUGUCUUUUAAUGGUAAAAACAGACCUGCCGUCACAAACUCGCUGAAUAAACAAAUUAUAUAUGCAAUAAAAAAAGGAAACAUAGUACUAUUCGAUUAUAUGUUUAUUGAUUAAUCAGAAAAGUAAUCAUGUUCCUAAGUCAGUGUUCAAGGAAGAGAUGAUGGAUUUGAUUGAUACUCUCGCUGUCUUGUCAAAUCUAUUACAAAAGAGAGAGAGAGAGAAACAACAACCGUAACAGUAUUUAAACUUCUUUUCUUGUCUAUAAUUUUCACAUUCUCAUCUCUCUCAUUAAACAAAUAGUAAAAAAAACAAAGAAGACGAAAGAGUUCUCUCAAAUCUCUCUCUAUCUCUAUCUCACUAGGUUAGCAUCGUUUGCAUCCCAACAUUUCGGAUCGUACGUGUUUGAAAGGAUCAGAUCGAAGAUGUCUGAUGUUUCCGGUGACGGAGAUGCAACGGCGUCGAUCACGCAACCGGCUUCGUCGUAUCCGUCACUGAAGGUUUCGGCGUCAUACAAGGAGAGCGGCGGAGGAAAAAGCUUUUCCAAGCGUAGGCCAAUUAAGCUGAGCUUAGACGACGCAGCGGCUGAGAAUGAGUUCAUCACUCAGCUUCAUGGCUCGGAUCCAGUGAAGGUGGAGCUUAAUCGACUUGAGAACGAAGUUAGAGAUAAGGAUCGAGAGUUAGGGGAAGCACACGCUGAGAUCAAAGCGUUAAGGUUGUCUGAGAGACAGAGAGAGAAAGCUGUUGAAGAGCAUACUGAGGAGCUAGCUAAGUUGGAUGAGAAGCUCAAGUUGACAGAAUCAAUCCUCCAAAGCAAAAAUCUAGAAAUCAAGAAAAUCAAUGAGGAGAAGAAAGCCUCAAUGGCUGCUCAGUUUGCUGCUGAAGCCACUUUAAGACGGGUCCAUGCUGCACAAAAGGACGAUGACAUCCCUCCAAUUGAAGCCAUCCUUGCUCCUUUAGAAGCUGAACUUAAGCUUGCACGAUCUGAGAUUGGGAAGCUUCAAGAAGAUAACAGGGCUUUGGAUCGUCUGACUAAAUCAAAGGAAGCUGCCUUACUUGAUGCUGAGAGGACCAUUGAAGGUGCCCUUGCAAAAGCAGCCUUGGUUGAUGAUCUUCAAAACAAGAACCAGGAGUUAAUGAAACAAAUAGAAAUCUGUCAGGAAGAAAACAAGAUUUUAGACAAAAUGCAUAGGCAGAAGGUUGCUGAUGUGGAAAAGCUCACUCAGACAGUAAGAGAGCUGGAAGAGGCUGUUCUUGCAGGUGGUGCUGCUGCAAAUGCCGUGAGGGAUUACGAGCGAAAAUUCCAAGAGAUGAAUGAAGAGAGGAAAACUCUUGACAGGGAGCUUGCACGUGCAAAGGUUACAGCAAACAGAGUUGCAACGGUGGUAGCAAAUGAGUGGAAAGAUGGUAACGAUAAAGUGAUGCCUGUGAAGCAAUGGCUUGAAGAAAGAAGGUUUCUACAGGGAGAAAUGCAGCAACUUCGCGAUAAGCUUGCCAUAACAGACCGAGCUGCUAAAUCCGAAGCACAGUUAAAGGAAAAGUUUCAACUGCGGCUUAAAGUGCUUGAGGAGACACUUAAAGGAACUUCAAGCAGCAGCAUUAGGAACACAUCCGAGACAAGGACCAUGAGUAGUGAACCCUCUCGCAGACAGUCGCUUGGUGGAUCUGAAAACUUGCAAAAAAUUCCAGCAAACGGUGCAUUGUCAAAGAAAGCUCCAGCUUCUCAGAUGAGACAUUCCUUGUCUAUUAACUCAACUUCUAUGUUGAAGAAUUCUAAAGGAACAUCCACGUCAUUUGAUGGAGGUACAAGAUCCUUGGACAGGGGCAAAGCACUCUUAAAUGGACCUGGGAACUAUUCUUUCAACAAGGCUUCUGAUGAAUCUAAGGAACCAGAGUCAGAGGAGACGACACAAAGUGAAAACACUCCAGCAGCAAGUGAGGACAGUGUCCCAGGUGUUUUGUAUGAUCUACUGCAGAAAGAAGUAGUUUCUUUGAGGAAAGCUUCUCAUGAAAAGGACCAAAGUCUCAAAGACAAGGAUGAUGCCAUUGAGAUGCUAGCUAAGAAGGUGGAAACAUUAACAAAGGCAAUGGAAGUUGAAGCGAAGAAAAUGAGAAGGGAAGUAGCUGCAAUGGAGAAAGAAGCAGCUGCAAUGCGUGUGGAGAAAGAUCAAGACAACAGAGCCAAAAGGUUUUCAAAUAUCAAAAGCUCAUCCAACACCGCUCAGAUUCUUGCUGGAAGAGCUGCUGGAAGAAGCGGCUGAACCAAGAGUACACAGUGAGCAUGAGCUUCAAGAUAUAACAAGUAAAAUAAUCUUAUAGGCUCUUGCUAUUAAUUUGUUUAGCGCUACAUAUCUUCUUCUUUCACUUGCUUUUACUUUUGUGUUUUUUUUUGUUACCUCAUGUGAUUGAUUGUAUCACCAUAUAGCUUAGCAUCAUGAUAAUCCCAUCCUCACACCUAUAUAACCCAGUAAAGAGAGAAGGGUGGUUAAACUGGUUUGAGGGAGAGAGAAGGAGAUAAAUGUUGACAUUUUUGGAUAGCAUUUUCAUCCCUUAUCCGGAAGUUAGUUUGUGUUUGGGUGUGUAUAGGUUAGAGAGCUUUGUAUUGGCUUCUAUGGAGAAAUAGAGAGAGUUGUGUACCUGUGUUUCCUUGUUUGUUUGUACUCUACUUCAGUCUUUGUGUGAUCAUUCGAUUGUAUGUUGGGUUUAUGUGCUAUAUUGAUCUAUAUAAAUGACUCUCUUCAAUCA